GGGUCUUGACAUAAAGGAGUCGUGAAGUGUCCGCUGGUUCGUGUUCUCAUGUCUGUGGUUUUGGUGCAUAUGCAGCAGCAGCGCAAGAGGUGUAACCUGGUGUGAUGCGGAAAAAAAGCAACCAUCCGCGCUUCACUUCCUUGUGCUUGGCGCAUGCUCACUCGGCGAAACAGACAUGGACCUAAUAACUUCAUGAAGACUUAACAGGAAUGCAUGGAAGUGUUGAGAUUUUUUUUUCUCUCCAAGGAAGAAGAAGGUUCGAUCUUCAGUCUUCCUCACUUAAAGGCACAGCUCGUGGAGUGGGCGAGCAAACUUACCUGUCCGGACUUGUCAGCACUUUUAGAUGAAUUACAGAUCUGCACGCUAAGAUGUCGGGAAGUGAAAGAAAAAUCCGGACUUUAAGAGAGAUUCUCCAGAAACCUGGAAACAAGACCUGUGCAGACUGCGGGGCACCAGAUCCAGAAUGGGCCUCAUGUUCCCUGGGUGUGUUCAUUUGUCUGGCCUGCUCUGGGAUCCACCGUAAUAUCCCAGAAAUCAGCAAGGUCAAGUCUGUGUGCUUGUCCCACUGGGAGGAUUAUGAGCUUGAGCUCUUGGCUAAGAAUGGUAACGAGGUAACAAAGAAGAUAUAUGAGGCUACUGUUCCAGUCUACUACUACAUACCAAACCACAAGGACUGCCAGGUGCUACGGGAGCAAUGGAUUAGAGCAAAGUAUGAGAGGAAGGAGUUUGCUGAGGGUGGCAGAAACUUGAUAUAUGAGGAAGGAACUAGGGACGGUGUGUUGAUGAAAAGGGGACGGGACAAUGGACAGUUCCUGACCAGACGAUUCGUCCUCUCGGAGAGAGAAGGCACUUUAAAGUAUUUCACCAAAUAUGAUGCUAAGGAUCCCAAGGCUGUGAUCAAAGUAGACACAAUCAAUGCAACUUUCAAGCCAGAGAAGAUAGGAAACCCCAACGGUCUGCAGAUCACCUACCUCAAAGACUACAGCACCCGGAACAUCUUUGUCUAUCACGACAGUAGCAAGGAGAUUGUCGAUUGGUUCAAUUCAAUUCGAGCUGUUCAGCUUCACUAUCUCAAGGUGGCCUUUCCUGGAGCAACUGAUGCUGAGCUGGUACCCAAACUCACUCGAAACUUUCUCAAGGAAGGCUACAUGGAGAAAACCGGACCCAGGCAAACAGAAGGGUUUAAGAAGCGCUGGUUCACACUGGACCACAGACGGCUCAUGUACUUCAAAGAUCCCCUGGAUGCCUUUGCAAAAGGGGAGGUUUUCUUGGGCAACAGAGACCAUGGUUACCAAGUCUUUCCUGGCCUGCCCUCUGGAACCCACCACAACGGCUCUUGGCAGCAUGGGAUCACCAUUAAAACUCCAGACCGAUGCUUCCUCUUUACUUGCGAGACAGAGGAAGACCAGCAAUCCUGGAUGAAACACUUCAAUGAUGUCAUGAGUGCUCCCAUGUCCCCCCAGGAGUUUGCUAUGGAGGCCACAUUUAAGCACAGACACUGAUGGAUCUGAUGCCUGUUGACCUGCAGCUUGCAGACACUCAUGCACAAACACGGGGUACCCAUCAGCUCAUCCACGCACCGGAAACGCUGACCUUCACUGCUGUGACCAUAAAGAACUGCAUUUGACUUGUAAAGGUCUACCAGGAACUUGUUCAAGAGGUUUUUGAAACAAAUCUUUUUCCAUGUGAGUUAAGAUCAAUACAUACAACUUACUAUACAGUUUUUUAUGUUUUUUGUGCCCACUAAUUUUUAUAUUAUGCACAUGAAAAGCAUUUUUUUCUGCUGUUUUUACUGGAGCUGUUUUAAAGAGAAGCUUUCACCAAGUGUCAUGAGGAGAGUUGCUGCUAUUAAAGAAGCGCAGGUUGUCAUAUAUGCAAUUUAAUGGAAUAUAUACAUUCUGCUCACCUGCUUAUGUUUUAGACUUAUGUCCCCUUUCAUGAUGGCUUUGUAGCUUAAGCUUACAUUGGACCCCAAAGUGUCAUAAAAAAUGUCCAUGAUAAAAAGAAAAAUGAUCUGAGAAAAUGUCCAAAAAAACAUUUGAAUAUGUAAUUUUGUUUUCAUUAAAAAAAGAACUGUGUAAUUCAUGUCAUUUGGGGUUUUUACUGUAAAGUCCAAACACAGUUUAAUAUAUUAAGAUAAUAAAACAGAUAAACCUCUGA